UCAUUAAAAGAAAAUCCUUCAAGAGAUCAAUAAAUAGAAGGCCAAAUUGUUUUCACAACCUAUAAACUUAGAACUCAGGUGUUCAUGACUCACUGCUAUAGGCCUAUUCAGUUGUCAAAUUUUUAUCCAAAUUAUUGUUAUGAUUGAUUUAGAGAUAAAAUUUUCUUAUUUUUCCUUUCAUCUUUCUUUUUUUGUGUAUAUUGUAAUAAUAUAAACUGAAAAAAUAAGGUAGUUUCUCUAAAAUCAACUAUUAAUUAAAAUCUUUCCAUAAAAGAAGGAUAAGGGAACAAACUUGUUUCAUUUAGAAAUUGCAUAGUUUUAAUCUGUGUGCGUGGAAGAAAUUUCAAAAACAAUGAAUAUAUUUUCUCCAAUUUACAAGGAACAUCACAAGUUUUAUAGAAGGUUGGAACUUAUCUAUUGUAAAAGUGAUGAGGAAAUGAAAAAAUUUUGGCAACCCACAUCUGUCAGUGAAGUAUCACUACCAUUUCAAAAGGUUAUUCGCUCUUCUCAAAGGGAUAGACAAUAUGGAAUAUAUUUCUUUGAUGAUGAAUCAAUUGUUAGAUAUAUCAUUGCUAUUAUCAAAAGAAUCUUGAAAUAUGAUAUUGAUGAUAUAUUGAAAGCGGCUUGUUCUUUUAUUGAUUUUUUACUUCUUAUCAGUGAAGGCAUAUAUCUACACAAUUCUUUUGCAAAGAUUUUAACAGAAACGAAUUUCUAUGAGUACAUUCAGACAACACUCGCGCAUCUACUAGAAUUAUUUGAGAACAAGUUUCAUUCACAAAGCUAUUUAUGCUUAGUGAUUGGCUUUGUAAAAUUUUAAUCUUCACAUAUAAUUCACCAAUUUUGUCAGAGUUGAAUCAAAAUGUAAAACUGAGGUGUAAAUUAUUUGAAGCUUUAGAAUAUUUGUCAAGAUGCUCUGCAAAGACUCUCAAUGGGUGGACCUUAGAAGCCAUGUUUUGUAUGCUACUCCAUUUAAUUUACCCACAGGGGUAUAGACUGCAAAAUCUUUCUCUCCUUGUUCAUUUUUUUAAUAAUCAAGAUGACCAACAUUUAAAAAACAUUGAUAAAGAUGAUUUCAUGUUUGCAGCUGAUUUUAAACCAAUGCAUGAAUGUCCAACUAGGUACAUUGAUCCUCAUUUGGUGAUAUAUUUUCUCUACAAAUAUGGAACCUAUUCGAUUUCGCAGUUGUCAAUAGAAUCUGCUCUAUUUGCCGUGUUAAAAAUACUUGAAAAUGGCAGACAUUUGAAGUAUCUUGAUGAAUUUAGCUACUGCUUUACUAAUUGUCUUGGUGAAAACAGACUUGAAGCUUUCAUAAAGUGUCAUUUUCCAUUAUUACGAAUUCUUCUAAAGCAGAGUGAAACUUGUACAUCAUCAAGAAAUCUGCACAAUUUAUUAUUCAUUCUUCAAGAUGAAAACUAUCCUAGAAAUAUCCAAGAAUAUUUUACAGAACCAGACUCUUUUAAAAGAAUCAGACAUCAGCAAUUGGAUACAGACUAUAAAGAUUAUAGUAUGUGUCUUUUAACUCCAAUCAUUUGUAAACCUGAAAGAUUGUUAAAUAGGAAAUCCAAUAGUGAUACUCUCGCAACUAUUACAAAAGUGGCUGGUGGUGUUGCUAAAGGACUGAAUACAGUAUGCGAAACAAUUGAAACUGUACAGAGCCUUGCUGAAGGGGUUAGUGAUGAUAGUGGAAUAGGAAAUGCUCUUGCAGAAUUAUUUGAUGCACUUGGUAGUAUUUAAACAACCAUAAAUGACUAUCUUAAAUGAGGAUAAAUGGCAAUAGUACAACAUUUUUGAUUUAAAAUAGCAAUAACUCAAGUAAAAUUUUGUUUACACAGAAAACAUCCACAUUUUGUUGUUGUUUUUAUAACAAUAUCUUUUCCACAUCUUUUAUUGACAUUUUCUUGAUAUUUUAAUUGUUUUUAUUAAUUAAACACAAAAAAAUUGCAAUAAUUUCAAUCUACUUGACAUUAACAAAAAAAAUGCUAAGAAAAUCAAGAUAUCCAUUUGAGUGGUUUAGAUUCAGGGUUAGGAUUAGGAUUGUUGGUUACCAUUUUAGUUAUUUAUCUAUUACAAUUUGGGUAAAUGAACCCUUUUAUUGCUGGAAAUGUCAUCAUUGCUGUUAUCUAUUUACAAUAUACAGGACAUGUUUAGAACAUAUUUUAAUUUAGCCACAAUUUCAAUGUACCAGAUGUACAUUUAGAAUUUAGGAUACAGUAAAGACUAUCAAUCAAAUAUGAAUAAGGCCUUUCCUUCCUUCUUCUACCAUAACAACAAUCUUCCAUUUAAUUGACAAUGAAAUGAAAACAAGAAAUAGAUAUUCUGAUUUGUUUGAUUAUGUCAGAUCUCAAUGGAUUGAAAAUUCAUUUUGGCAACAUCAACAAUGGUCUGUGUAUUACCCUCAGAAGUAACAACUAAGUUGAAGCUUGGCAUAAAAGGUAGAACAGUAAGGUCUUUGCUAAGGGCUCUUUUUACCAAUUAGUAGAUGAUUUAAAUAAGAACGCCUACCUUAUUGGUAUUUAAAAAACACUCUUAUCUGAAAAAAAGUUGAAAAAAACACCAAAAGAAAUUGCAGGUUCAGAUAUUCAAAUUGUGGGAUAAUUAUGAUUUGGGAUUAAUAUCAGCAAUGGAUCUAUUGGAGAAAUCAUCAAACAUAUGUGUAUCAUAACCUUACAUUUUACUCUCUUUAUUUAAACAAGUUUCAUUCUUAAUAUUUUCAAUA